AUAGGCGAACGGAAGUACGGAACCUUUGAAUCGAAUGCCCAGCCAGAAGCCUCUCUAGGAAAAUGGCUUCCUCGGCUGCACCUUCUGCUUUCACUCUCUCCACUUCUUCGUUUCUUUCCCAAGAGCUCAAUCUGUGCACACAGACUCUGCCUCCUUUCUUUUCCCGCAACAAGAUUUUAUCCAUCAACCCUCUCAUCAUCCUUCGUCGCAGAGAGAGAAAACCGUCUCCAUUGAGCUGGGUUGCCAGUGUCCAUUCAUCAAAAUCAAUAAUUGUAUCUGGUGCUUCGGUCUUCUCAGAACCUGAGGUGUACGAGGAGGAUGAGGAAGGGGCCGAUGUUGAAAAAUUUGCUGUUUCAAUCGCUCCCACAACAAAGCCCAAGAAAGGCAAGGCCGCUUUGCCUCUCAAGAGAGAUCAAACAAGGUCUAAGAGAUUCUUGGAGAUUCAAAAGUUGAGGGAAUUCAAAAAAGAGUAUGACCUAGUAACAGCCAUAUCAUUGCUCAAGAAAACAGCAAGCACAAAGUUUGUGGAAACAUCUGAAGCCCAUUUCCGAUUAAAUAUUGACCCGAAAUAUAAUGAUCAACAGUUGAGGGCUACAGUUGCCAGUUUAGGAAGAAUCUUGGGCCCCCGAGGGCUCAUGCCUAAUCCAAAGGCUGGCACAGUAACAACAAAUAUACCACAGGUCAUACAAGAAUUCAAGCAAGGGAAAGUUGAAUAUCGGGCAGAUAAAACUGGGAUUGUCCACAUACCGUUUGGGAAAACAGGUUUCUCGGAUCACGAUCUUCUCCAAAACUUCCAAGCUGUUGUGAAAUCCGUAGAAGCUAACAAGCCAUCCGGUGCAAAAGGAUUGUACUGGAAAAGUGCUCAUGUGUGCUCUUCCAUGGGACCUUCCAUCCGAUUAAAUGUCAAGGAGAUGUUGGAUUUCAAGCUUCCAGUAAAUGUGUAGUUUUGCAGACCUGUAAAUUGUAUCUUCUUAAAACUUUGUAUUACAUUUUCCUUUCCAGACGCGUGAUACUAUUUGUAAUCCCUGCCUGAAUGUGUUUAAUGCCAUUGAGGUCAAUUACUUUGCUAGUUUCAACUAAGGGUGCAUUUUUGAAACAUGGUUUUUGUUCCUUUUUUCCACAUCUACCAAGGAAGGGUCAAGGGUCAAUCAAUUGAGCAAGUUACAAAAACACCCUUAGUAUUUAGCUUAGUUUUUG